AUGCAUUUUAAUCAACCAAAUAUUAAUUUAACAUUCAAUGACAAAACUGCUACUGGUCAAACUUCGCAAGGUUUUCAACCAAAUCAACCAAACUUCACUGAUCAAUUAUCACCUAGUGACUCGAGUACUAUAGUUACUGACAAUACUACCUCAUCUUUAACUAAUGGUAGUAAGAAAACGAAUAUCAACAAUAUUAGUGAUAACAAACCAUUUACUUUGAGAUUAGAUAGUACAAUUAAUAGCUCAAAUGCUCCAUCAUUGUUUAAUAAUGCAUUGAAAUUCAAUAGUCCAUCUCCUACAACUACAACAUUUCAUGAUUUACCUCCAUAUGUAAAUUUACAAGAGAACUCGAAUUUGGAUAUAUCUCAAUAUGAUUUAAUUUUUGAUGUACGUCCUUUCAACUUAUAUUCAGGUAGCAGAAUCAAAAACGCAAUUAAUUUAUGUAUACCUACAACUUUACUCAAGAGAAAUUCAUUCGGUUUGAUAAAUUUAAUAAAUUUAGUUGAUCUAAAGCAAGAAAUAAAAGACUUGGUACUUGAUAAGAUUAACGAUGAUAAUAAUCAAGAAGCUGAAACUAAGAAGUUGAGUGUUCUAAUCUACGAUCAAUCAUCCAGUAAAAACUCGAUUUCGUUUAGUGUUUUUCAAACGUUCAAGAAAUUUGAAAAUUAUCAAGAUAAAUUUGAUGUAUACCUACUAAACGACGGUUUUGAAUCCGUAAAUCAAGAGGUUACAGAUAAUAGCCAUUUACAAAAGUCAAAUGACAACUAUGGAAACGAUAAAUGUAACGAAAUCAAUGAUAACGAUAAAACUAAAAAUAGUCUAUCUGGUUUUAAAUUACCUUCAGCUACUAAUUUCAAGACUAAAUUUAUUCAAUCAAUGAAGAAAAAUGAUAACUUAAAUGAAAGCAAAUUGAACCAAAAUAAUAAGUUUAACAACCCUAAUCAUAUAAAUUUAAGCUCAUACAAGUAUGAUUUCAAAAUACCGAAAAAUCUUGACAAAUCACAAUUACCAAAUUGGUUAAAUUUUAUAAAAGAAUCAUCAUCAAAUGAUGAUAUUAUCAAAAAUUUGUAUUUUAAAUUCAAUAAACUUGAAUCGUUUGAAGGAACAAGGUUAAACAAAUUAGUUGCAAAUUUUGAAACCGAUAAUUCACACUCAGCUUGUUAUAGUCCAUCACAAAUAAUAUCACCAUGUUGUUCAUCAUGUCAAAAAAUCAAUUUUAAAAUUCCAAAAGGCAUAGAAUAUGGUUUAAAAAAUAGGUAUAAUAAUAUAUGGCCUUAUGAACAUUCAAGAGUCAAGUUAGAUAAUGAAGAUCAAACUUCUUCUGCAUCUCAUGAUUUUUCAGAUGAUUAUUUCAAUGGCAAUUAUAUAAAUAUGGUACCAAUUAAUACAAAUUUGAAAACUUAUAUAGCUACACAAAGUCCACUCAUGUCAACAAUAAAUGAUUUUUGGACUACAAUCAAGCAAAACAAUAUUUCAUUAAUAAUAAAUUUGGAAUCAAAAACUCCAAUCAAUUAUCUUGAAAAUGUAUCAAAAGUAGAAAUAUUGAAACAAACAAAAGACUUCACAUUAAGGGUAUUAGAUGACUCAAUUUAUCAUUUUCAUUAUUUUAAUUGGCCUGAUUUUGGGGUUCCUAAAGAUUUUGCAUCUAUUAUCAAAAUGAUAAAUCUUAAAGAUGCAAUAGUUAAAGAAAAGGAUCUUAACGAUUUAUCACUUGUUCAUUGUUCUGCUGGUUGUGGAAGAACUGGUGUUUAUAUUACUAUAGAUUCAUUAAUACAAGGAAAUGAAAAGUUUAUUGCUGAGUAUAGUAAAGAUUUGAUUUAUAAAUUGAUUCAACAUGAACGAAAACAAAGAAUAUCAAUGGUACAGAAUUUUGAUCAAUUCAUCGUAUGCUACGAAAUAUUUUUAUAUUAUUUAGCAAAUUAUGAAGAUGAAGAUGAAGAAGCAAAUACAGAAGGUUGUAAAUUAGUUCAUAAUCUUAAUUUGUUGACUCCUAAGAUGAAAAAGAAUGGAAAUUAA